UCGCCGCCGAUCGAGCGCGCCAAACGUACGACGUGCACCGACCGACGAGAGACGUGCCGCCGUCGCAGUUCCGCCGAACAGUGCCGCGAACACACCAAAUAGGUAUCGUCGCCGCUUAUGUGUUGACCGUAUUAUAAUAAACAGACAACGUCCGCGUAUUUCGUUCGCGGGUGUUGUAUGCGCCGUGUGCAGGUGUGUGUGCGGGUGUGCGUGCCGGACGACGGGCGAACAUCUACCGGACGGAAUAACCGUCAGUCGUCGGAUUGAUAAGCGAUCCCGACGACGCCUUACCACGUAGCGGUCGAUGAUACGCAAAACAAUAGGUAUCCUUCCAACCGGCACGAAUAGGAAAUCGCGAAACGGUAAAAUCACAUAGAUGACUUGAUGUGCUUAAGCUGGAUUCAAGCAUGCACCGCCAUACACCUGCUGUGGAGUGCGCUGUACAUAAGCGUCGGCGCUGUUCAAAUAGUGGCGGGCAUAUUCUUCUUGGUCACUGUGCCUGUGCUGAAAAUAGGAUCAAACAUAUGGACAGGGUCGUGGAACGUUUUCUUCGGCGUCGGCGGAGCCGUCUUCUCGUGUGUGGGCGACUGGACCACUGCCAAACAACGGGGUCUUUUGUCUUUGACCGUUACCAUUCUGAUUGUGAACAUCAUAAACCUUAUCAUUUUGGAAAUCGCAGAAUGGAGGUACUUGACACCCGAAUCGGCCAAACAAAUCAUGUCCAAACGGGGAAUGGAAACACUAGUUGCAUACGCUCGUUACACGACCAGCUUGAGCACAUUAGCCGGCAUAAUAGGGUCGUUUCUCGAUUCGCAAAUAACUUUCUGCUGCAUGCAGCGCAAAGAUAAAACAAAGCAACACAUCGAGCCAGAAAACAAUUCCGACGUCGAUUACAUCAUACCAAGGGUGAAAUCCGAAGGGAUAAUCAGACAGGACAGCGGCGCCGGCAUCAAAGCGGCGGACGCCGAUUACGGCCGUUCGUGGGUGUUCGAAGCGGACGCCACUGGCGCGGGCAACGCUUACGCUUCGACCGAAUCGCUUAGCGACAACGCGCGGCGGCCGGCCGCCGUGUGCGGUAGCCGCACGGUGACGCUCAAGCGCAAAGCCAAACCGGUGACGCCCGUGGUGAUCGUCGAGGUGGACGGCACCGGCAGUCGCCCGGCGCAGCUGAUGACCAGUUUCUCGCGGACGCCGUCGCCCGUCGGGUUGUCGGAGAGCUCGUCGCAGGACUCGAUGAUAACCGCCGGCGGCUGCGGCGUGGCGGCCGCUCCCAUCUACGAGUGCCUGGAGAAACUAACCGAACCCUCGGUCUACCGGUCCCGCCUGAACACGGCCCUGUCGGUGGGCACACCCGACUCGCCGGUGGACCGGCCGCCGCCGCGCAGCCUGUCGCCGAAACCGCCGCCGGCCGCCGAGCCUGUACAGUACGCCUCGCUGAUGGAAGAGCUGCAGAAGACCAUAGGCAACCGGUUGUCCAAACACGUGGAAUCGUCGGACGAGAGGUUCAGCGCCGAGCUGGACGACGUGCUCAAGGACAUCCAAGAGCUGGAGUCGCCGACGGGCGAGCGCAGCGCCGAGCGGACGGACGAGAGCAGCGACAGCGACGCGGCCAGCAUGAAGACCACCAGGACGGUGAUACUGAACGGUAAGCAACAUCUGGACGAUCUAGGGUACGUGUCGAUGCGACAGGAUUGCGCGCACCUGUUGAGCGUGUACGAACAGGUGGACUGCCGCCGGAUCGACGGGGGCGGCGCGAACGUGCCGCCGUACCCCGAAGAGACCAACAACAACACCAUCGGGCUGGACGUGACCGCGGACAGGCCGUCCUGCAAGGGCUGGAAAGCGUUGUCGACCAUGUUGAAACGCAAGCACCGGGCCGUGCUCACGCUGACGCCCGAAAUCGAGGCGUCCAUCGUCAAGUCCGAGUGUCUGGCGUACCUGUCCGAAAAGGAGCUGGUCGAACGGUACGACCGCAACAAAAUGGUGCACAGGCAAAUCGAAGAAAGAGUCUGGAAAAAAAUUAACGGCGCUUCGGAGACGGAUUCUCCUUGUUAACCAGUGAAGCCGUCGUCCAUAAGGAAUCGCGUACCUAUACCUCACCUACUUCACACAAGCUUUUGUUUUUUUUUAUUAUUACUAUUAUUCUUUUUCGUUUCCAAAAAAAAAAAUGUCUAUAUUUAUUUUAUUUUGAUUUAUAUAUACAUAUAUUUUUUUUAACCCCUCGUAUACCCGCCAUAUUUAAAAGUGUUAUUAUUCUUUAGAUUUUUCCCUAUUCCUCCCCUAACAGAGCCCUUUUAGAUAUCUUCAGUUCUAUCUUUAGGUUGUACAAUGGUCGAACCGGGUUUACCAUAAUAUUAUUUUACAUAGUACGUAUAAAUAUAUAUAUAUAUACCUACAGAUCACGCAUAAAUGUUUAACAAUAUAUAUAUAUAUCUGAUUUAUAUUCCUAUAAUGAUAAUAAUAGGUAAUAAUAACAGUAAACGAUUCGUUUUUUUUGUUUUUUGUUAAUCCCUACCGUUUAAUGCAAUAUACACAAGGUUAUAGUUUACCUAUAUUAUUAUAUUAUAUACGUUAUAAUACAUAUUUUAUUGUUUUCCUGCUGUUUGUUAUAAUAUCUUUGUCUUAACUGUAUUAUCUUAUAUAUAUAUUAUUAUAAUACGUAUUACGUAGCGUGAAGAAGUUACACGAUAAUGUUGUUCAAUUUUCAAAAAAAAAAAUGUGUUCUAAAAAAUUAUUUAAGAUAAUAAUUAUAUAUUAAAUAUAGACUAGAAAUUGUCAUUAUUAUUAUUCACUAUCACUAUAUAGACUAAGUAAGUAACAUUUAUUAUUAA